GGCCUUUAUCUUUUCUUCCUCUCUCUCUUACCCACUCCUCACAGAUGGCGGCGGCGACAUCCUUCAAGCCUUCUUCCAUCGCCGCCCCUUCCCAGGCUAAAACCCUAAAGCCGGCCCCCAAAACCCUAGCUUUUGGGUUGGGAUUCUCGUCGUCGUACUCCAGAUCCCCGAGGCUUCUCCUCUCCCGGAUCCACACGGAUGCGGCCGCGGCCGGGCGUGCCGGCGGCGGCGCCCGCGGAGCUCGAAUGGUCUCUAUGCCGUCCAUCAGCAAGCCCGCCCCCUCUCUUGACUUCGAGACCUCUGUCUUUAAGAAGGAGAAGGUCACCCUCGCCGGCCAAGAUGAGUAUAUUGUUAGAGGUGGGAGGGAUUUGUUCCAUUUGUUGCCAGAUGCCUUCAAGGGGAUCAAGCAGAUUGGCGUGAUUGGUUGGGGAUCCCAGGGUCCUGCCCAAGCACAGAACUUGAGGGAUUCACUUGCAGAGGCACGAUCAGACAUUGCGGUCAAGAUUGGUCUGAGAAAAGGUUCUCGUUCCUUUGAGGAAGCACGUGCUGCUGGGUUUACUGAAGAAAAUGGAACCUUGGGUGAUAUCUGGGAGACAAUUUCAGGCAGUGACCUUGUCUUGUUGCUGAUUUCGGAUUCUGCACAGGCAGACAACUAUGAGAAAGUGUUCUCUCACAUGAAACCAAACAGCAUUCUGGGGCUGUCUCAUGGUUUUCUUCUUGGGCAUUUGCAAUCUCUUAGUAUUGAUUUCCCGAAAAACAUCAGCGUGAUUGCUGUAUGUCCUAAGGGGAUGGGUCCAUCAGUGAGAAGGUUGUAUGUUCAGGGAAAAGAGAUAAAUGGUGCAGGAAUCAAUUCCAGUUUUGCUGUACAUCAGGAUGUUGAUGGCAGAGCUACAGAUGUUGCUCUGGGGUGGUCGGUUGCUCUAGGAUCUCCUUUUACAUUUGCCACUACUUUAGAGCAGGAGUACAAGAGUGACAUUUUUGGGGAGCGUGGUAUUUUGCUUGGUGCUGUGCAUGGAAUUGUUGAGGCCUUGUUUAGAAGGUACACUGAGAAUGGAAUGAGUGAAGAAGUGGCUUAUAAAAACACAGUUGAGUGCAUCACUGGAAUCAUGUCAAAGACCAUUUCAACAAAGGGUAUGCUCUCUGUAUACGAGACUCUGACUGAAGAAGGGAAAAAGGAAUUUAGUGCUGCAUAUAGUGCAUCAUACUAUCCUUGCAUGGAUAUCUUGUAUGAAUGUUAUGAGGAUGUUGCCUGUGGCAGUGAAAUUCGCAGUGUUGUUUUAGCUGGACGACGCUUUUAUGAAAAGGAAGGGCUUCCUGCUUUCCCAAUGGGUAAAAUCGAUCAGACACGAAUGUGGAAAGUUGGUGAGCGAGUCCGUGCAGCUCGACCUGAGGGGGACUUGGGCCCCUUGCACCCCUUUACUGCUGGGGUUUAUGUGGCUCUAAUGAUGGCUCAGAUUGAGAUCCUAAGAAAGAAGGGACAUUCUUAUUCAGAGAUCAUUAAUGAGAGUGUGAUCGAGUCAGUGGAUUCCCUAAAUCCUUUCAUGCAUGCUCGUGGGGUGUCAUUCAUGGUGGACAACUGUUCCACAACCGCACGCCUUGGAUCAAGAAAGUGGGCUCCGCGUUUUGAUUAUAUCCUCACUCAGCAAGCAUUGGUAGCUGUCGACAAAAACGCUCCUAUUAAUCAGGACCUACUCAGCAACUUCUUGUCUGAUCCAGUUCAUGGUGCUAUUGAAGUCUGUGCAGAGCUGAGGCCGACUGUUGACAUAUCCGUGCCUCCUGAUGCAGAUUUUGUGCGCCCAGAAUUGCGACAAACUGGCAAUUGAGAAAUGACAAUAGAUUUUGAUAUAUAGCUCAGAGCCGGUGAGAUAUUUGGAGAGGGUAAUCUUAGGAUUAAAUCUUUUUAAACAUCUAGGUUGUAUGUGCAUGGGAACAUUGUGCACUCUAUGACUCUGUAGUGUCUGAAUAAAUUGGUGCAUAGCAGGGCAUCAAUCGUGUGUACGUUGCACUUGUUUGACAGUAAUUGAGGAAUAUCUGGGAGUCAUUUGUAGCUUUCUGA